AUGGUGAAUGUGAAGAAAGGUGUAUUGGUACGUUGUGAUCCUGCAAUGCGUCAAUUGCUAGUGUAUCUCGAUGAGUCUCGUACGUUAGGAUCAAAGUUUGUGGUGAAAGAGCUGGACGAAACACAUAUUUUGGUCGACAAAGAAAUUGUACCAAUUCUUGAACAGAAACUUGAUCAAAUGAUGGAAUCACUCUCACCUGAUCUUACCGACAAAUAA